AUGGUUGAAUGGACAGACUUUGAGCGCGACACCAUCAAGAACAUCUUCUCCGAGAUUAGCUAUGAAGACGUAGGCCCCGCUGCUCUUUCCAGGUGUCUGGUUGUCUACCCCUGGACUCAGAGGUAUUUCGGCAACCUUGGAAACCUCUACAACGCCGCAGCCAUCUCCUCAAACCCAAUGGUUGCAAAACAUGGGACAACUAUCCUGCGUGGUCUGGACCAGGCAAUGAAGAACAUGGACAACAUCAAGGAAACCUACGCUGAGCUGAGUGUGCUGCAAAAAUUCACAAACUUAUAUAUACUUUUUUAUUAG